GCACAGAACACAGAUGAAAAAAUAAAGGUUGAGGUAUCAAACACAGUCAAGAAAACUGAAGCAAGUCUAAUACAAGCUGAACCUGGAGAUAGACCAACUCCAAACUCAAACUUUGAUCCAAAGCUGGAUGUGAUAAAAUCUGACAUGUCGGAGACAACUGACCAUAAGCAAAGUAUAAAUACUGAUGCAGGUCAGAGGUCAGUCGACAAGUUUAGUGAAAAUACAAACACACUGAAUGGAAACACUCUGAGUGCGUGCAAUAUGAUUGACAACAUUCUCGUGUCGCUGGUUGACAGGAAGGAUGCUGCAUCAGGCAAUGUGGUGGACAGUAGCUGUGGGACUGUUCAUUGCCCGAUAGACUCUCAAGAAAAUUAUAUUGAAUUACUAUGUAACUCAGCAGCAGUUUCUGCUCCUACACAACAAAUCAGCACAGAUUCAGCGGUUAAUCUCCUUACAUCACAAAUGAUUGGUUUAGAAAAUGCAGCUUUCCCCCUUUCUCCACAGAUUACCAGCAUGGAUACGUCACCUUCAUUGACUAAAUCAGAUUUGUCUGGAUUUGAAUGUGGAUUGGAAGGUUUCACUAGCUUAAAAACACCAACUGCUGGAAAAGGAGAGCAGAAAUCUCUAUGCAUUUUGUCCACAGAAGCCAAUAUCACGCCUGUAAGUAGUGUGGUCAGUGCCGCCACCGAUAUCACUAUGCGCAAUAACUCUCCACAAUUUGACAAUUCGUCCAGUGAUGAGAAGACAAAAGACUUGUUGAAGGACAGUGGUGAUGUUCAAUCUGUUCAUACUUCCAUCACCAUGGCAACCAGCAGCCCAGCAGGGGGGUCCUUCAUUUCUGAGGUGCCAUGCGUCACGGGACAGGAGUACCUGGUGACUCCUCCUCAGCAAGUGGCGGCCGUCAACUCUUAGUAGAGGUUGGAGAAGGGAGCCAACUCUUCGUAUAGGUUGUACCAAGGUGGACAUUUUAAGUGUAGAUUGUAUCACAAAGUCAUUUCUUAAUAUGCUGUGAAAGGUGUUUUUUUCACACAAAAUAUUUUUAUUAGUACAUUAACUAGGGUUGGAACGGUUAAAAAUGUGUUGUGCGUUGGUGAUGGAACCGUAAAUGAUGGAUCGUCAUCUUGAACCUAAUAUAGUAUUAAAAAUUGCAUCAUGGAUAUUUCCGGUGCCAAAUUAGUAGCUAAACAGAUAGCAGUUGACAAAUGCACCUCGUAAUGCAUCUAACCUCAGCUUUUUAAGUUGAAUUACUUAGUGGAAUUUUCCCUCUUUCACAGGAUGCAUGUUUUUACUCGGCAUUUGUGUUAAGUACAAGUUAAACAGUAAAGACAAUAUCAGAAAUAUUUGCUUGUUCUUGUAAGUUUAUAUUUGGUCUAAAUCAGACUUCAGUAACCAAGGGUGUACAAAUUCUACUUUGAGGGCUUGUGAAAACUGUCAGUGCUGUUAUGAAAAUAUAGGUGGGCUGGUGUUAUUGAUCAGAACGGGCCUGCAGCCUAUUACUCUUAAUAGGAAAUUAUUGUUUUAAAAAAACCACCUGGGCAAGACAGCUCAACGUCAAAAAUAUCCGACAAUGCAUGGACUUUAAUGCAUGCCUAAACAUUGCUGUAUGUUAAGUUUGCUGUAGAUAACUUAAGUAUGAAUUAAUGUUUGUAUUUAUUUUUAUUGUUACAACCAUUUGAACUAACUGGGGACUUGAUAACCGUAUCACAUUGCUGACAGGGCAAUGUUAAAACACAGCGAAAUGAUUGUGGAAAGUUUUACAUCAUGAAUUGUUUGCAAUUGUUAAGAAAAAACGAUGUGAAAAUGUACACUUUUAUUGUAGGUUGUGGUUUACUAGGGAGAUGAUUGAAGAAGUGAAUACGAACCUUUCCUCCCUGUGGUUGUUGUAGAUUAGUGGUGCAAGUUAAAUUAAUUAAAUAUACGUAGCUCUCAGUUCUAAAGAAGACACACCAUAGGUUAAAGUUCAACACAGAUAAUUAAAAAUUCUGUAAUUAUAUUUAAAGUCGGUCCUAAAUUAUGAAUUUCAUGUCUUCUUAUUAACUUAUACUAUACAUAUAUACUUAGAAUUCUGUAAUCAUCAUCUUUCAUUCCGUAAAAUAAAUUUUCCAGGAUUUCAUAUCUUCACUUACUGAUUUGUUUUGAGGAAAAAGCUCAAAAUUUUAACACAUUCUAUAAAACAAUUAACAGUAUAGGUAUAUGGUAUCUAGUUAAUUUUUUUAAUUUGUUUGUCCCCUUCUCCAAACGAUUUAGAUAUCUUAUGUGAACUGAAAAGUCAUACAGUGUAUGUGUAAUUGGUGUAUAUUUAAUUGUUAUGUACAGGUACACUAACAAGCUAUGUUACUUUCGUAUACGACCACUGAUUUUGUUGAAGGUAAUGUUUUUUUCUUUCUUUCUU